UUUAGUAUUUAUGCUUUUAAAAAUUACUUGGCUACAUAAGUAUUAAUUGCUUCCAGAUAUUUAAUGCUUAAUGGUGUUUCUGUGGUAAAUCACUACAGCAAAUGGGUUCAGCCUUGAUCUGAUGGGUCAGCAGUGCUGAAGAAGUAGCAGAUGCUGAGUAAGAGUAGGGACUCCUGUGGCUGAGGUUCAGGGCUGGAGAGAAGCCCUUUGGUGUCCCCUGAGGAGAUGCCUGGUUCACAAGUUCUGGCUUUGCAGCUAGAAGAUCCUUCUUUGCUUUUGCUGGAGCCCAUUCCCUACCAAUGCAUCGCCUUCCAUUGUUCCUGGAUCAAGUCUGGUGGACCUGUGGCAACAAGGCUGUCCCAUGUGCACCAGACAGCAUUAAAGAGCAGGACAUGUCUGCUUACAGCACUUGUCUUGGCUGCUCCUUCAGCGGGCUGCCACCAUCAUCAGAGACACAGAACAGCUUCUCCUCCCACAGUUUUCCCUAUCCUCUGCACUUCCCGAGGUGUCUGCCUUGAUGUUCACUGGGGAACCUCCCUGUUUGUGGCCAUCCAUUGCUGUGCUCCCCAGAUGCAGAUUGUGUUUUGACAUGAGCUGCCAAAGCCAGACACACAGCAACUGGAGCCUAGACCAUGAGAGGCUGGGCUGAUGUUUUUUGCCAGAAAGCAAGAAGAACAGUCGAAAGAACAUGAGGAAACUUAAGAAUGUCUCUACAGGAUACGAACACCAGUGCUGCCCAACCACAUGAGGUGGUGGAAAGUUUACAUCAGUGGGGACUCUGCCACACCUGCUGAUGUCAGCGCUCCCCGGGCCCCAGGGCUCAGAGCAGCAUUCGUGCCCUGGCCCACACGUUCCUUGUCCCUGUCACAGCCGCAGGUUUAGGACGGCCACCAGCCGGGACGUGUCCCAAGGAGGCCGUGGCAGCUUCCGUGGAAGGCCCCGUGCCCUUCCCAGCGCGGCUGCGUCGGCAGCCCUGGGGGCUCCUUGUGCUGCCCUGAGCCCGCAGAGCAGGGCAGGCUUUGCUGAUGCUCUGAGCCGUUCCUAAAGAUCCUGCAGGGCUGUCUCAGACACUUGGGGCCAGGGAUUCCUUCCAACCUGGGCCACAUUGGGUGGGCUGGGGGCAGCCCCAGGGCAGGUGACAGUGUGUGCAAGGGCCCAUUGUGACACGCUGCAGCAUGGUCACCGUGGCAUAGAACGGGACAGGGUGUCCUUUGUGACACAUAGUGACACAGGAGCUGGCAGUGACCAGACCACAGCACAGUGCUCUGUGCAUACAGCUGUACAGCACGCAACAGAGCGGUGCCGUGAGGAGCCCCCGCGCAGCGCACUUGUUCAUUGCUGACCUGGAGUUUUCCUUGACCUUACUGUUGUUGCAGGUGACCUCGAGGCCAGACCACAGGACUUGGUGACCCGUGGCCUUCUCGGGACUUGUCUUCUGCAGGUGCCCUCGAGGGCAGACCGUGGGACUGGGUGACUCGCAGCUUCUCCGAGGCAUCUCCCAUCCUUGCGGCCGGUGCCCUUGAGGCCAGACUGUUGUACUUGUCAACUCAGAGCUCUUCCAAGGCCUGUCUCUUGCAGGUGCUCUCGCCACUAGAUUUUGGGAGAAUGGCAGAGAAACGCCAAGGCCUGUUCAGGGGAAAGAAGAACAAAGGCUCUUCAGCUGCCCCAGCAAAGCAGCGUGAUGUGACACCACGGUCCCAGCCACUGCAGGGCGGUGCAGCCCUGGACCACAAACAAGAGCAGGAAUCCACCCGUGGCCGCUUCUGCAGAACAGCGCAGAUGUUCCAGCAGUUCCUGCGCAUUCGGCAUAGGAAGACCGGCAGCACAGCAGCUGCGGGCGCAGCCAAGCCUGACUUGGGGCUGACCGAGCUCCAGGCAGAGCCUGAUGGCAGCCCAGAUUUGGCUGAGCGCUCAGAAGACUCUGAGACCUCAGUGACUGAAACCUGGGUAAAGGCUCUUCUCACGUCAAAGACUGAGGACAUGGCCAUCACAAACAGCAACAAUGAAGAGACUCGGGGCAUCACAAAUACUGACACGAGACCAAAUUCAGUGGAGCACUCCAAAGACUCUGAGGCUGCAAUGAACAAGGACAGGUCAAAGGCUGCCAUGGCUGGGGAUGUGGCCGUCACAAGCACCAAAACCAGAGAGACUCAGGGCCUCACAAUUACUAGCACCAUGCCCGCUCCCACUGUGAUUCAUGCUCCCACUAUGGAUUUUCUCAAGGAGAGUGCUGUUCCUUUUCAGCAGCAGGUGCCAGCCAUUGUAAGGAGCAUUCACCAGAGGCUGGUGUCCCACGUCUCUGUGGAUGCCAGGCUGCAAAUGGACAUUGUGAGGCUGGCAGAAGAACACCCUGCUGACGUGGUGCUGACCCUCCUGCGCUGUGCCCCAACGUGUGACAGAGCUGCUACAGUGAUGUGGAGAACCAUAGGCUCGUCGAGUCCCACAGUGAAAAAGGUGCUGCCAACACUGCUCUCUGUGAUGGAGGACUGGCCUCUGCACAGAAUGUUCACCUCUGAUGGGGAUGACACAGAUGUUUUUGCCCUGGCUGCAACUCUGGUGAUCUGGGUGAUUGUCCAAGUGCCCGAGUGCCACGAGGCAAUGAUCCUUUAUUCCUCCCGCCUGUUUGUGGCUCUGCUCUUCCAUGUUGUCAUCACCACACAGCAGAUGCCACCAGAGGAAGUUGAUAACUUCUGGAGAGCAUGCCGGGAGGAACACCGCUUUCCCAGCAAGCCCAACAGGUUUGCAGUGCAGGCCAUGAAGGCUCUGCUCUGCCGACUGCAGUGUGACCAUGUGGUGGUGGCUAUGGAGCGCAAGCAUGGCUGGGACACACUGCUGUGUGCUCACAUCCAGCACUAUGCCGUGGGUCUGCUGGCCAGGGAGAUGCGCCGUGUCUUAAUCCCUUUGUGUUCACGCAUCGCACUCUACUUGCUCCGGCACCUCAGCAUGGAGGAGCCGUGCUGGGAUCUGCCCUUCCUGGCAUUCCUUGUGGAGGUCCUGCAUUGUCUGGACAUGGGUAAAUGUGGUGGCACCAUACUGGAGAUGAUAUCAAGGCACCUGCAGAGCGAGUGCAGGGAGCGGCGUCGCCUGGCACUCAGAGGCCUCGUGGUGCUCAGCAAGGAUCCCUCGAUGGCCAGAAGAAUAGGCAUCCUGUCUCAACAGCUUGUGGAUGUUCUGGGUGAUGCAGAUGGAGAGGUGGUCAGCAUGAGCCUCUGUGUGUUCACGAAUGUGCUCCAGCACCAAGACAUCCUGGUAUCCAGCACCACUGCCCCAAAGCUAGCUGAGGCACUUCUACCACUCUUUGACCAUGUAAGGCUCUGUGGCCCCAGCCACAGGUUUUUUCCUUUCCUCCAGGACAGCAGCCAUGUGCAGCUGCUCUCCAUUCAACUCUUCUGCAAGGUGAUGGAAUUGGUAGUGGAUGAGGGAAAAAAGCCCCUGAAGACAAUUGUGAACAAGAGCCUGGACAAACUUUUAAUCUACUGUCAUGAUGAGAACUGGCACGUGGCACAGGCCUCUCGGGAAACGCUGCUUCGUGUGACCAAGUUCCUGAAGAGGAGGGCUCUUGAACAGCUGGUGAAGAAGGGGAAUCUGUGGAAGUUUGCAGAGGUCCUGCUGGCAGAGGACAGGAGCCGAGCGGCCGAGCACCUGCGCCGGGCCCUGCCCUACCUGCAGAGCCCACAGGAGUCCCUGCGAGAGGCGGCCGUCAGGUUCAUGGGGACGGCCGGGCGGUACCUGAAGGGACAGCCAGCAGAGCUUCACGUUCUCACUCAGGCCCUUGAAGCCAUGAGCAAAGAUGACAGCCCAUCCUCCACUAACCUGGAAAUUCGGGCAAUUUUUGGACAAAGAUCUGCAGAACUAAGAUCAUCUGCUGGGUUCAGAGAACCAGGGUCCCAAGAAGAGUACCAGGAGACAGUGAAGAGAACACCACCACUCAAUGUCACUGGAGCUCCAGGCACAGCUGAUGCUGGCUACGGCUGAACCUGUGCGAAGCUCCCCUAGCUCCUGCCUUCCCCCUCCCUGUUGACAGCUCCCUCUCUCCAGCCCUCAGACCCUGCCCAUCCCCCCCCUUUUUUUUUUUGCCCCCAUCUCAUCCCUUCACUUUCCCUUCCAUUAAUAAACAGUUUGGUUCCCCCCCCCCCUUACCUGCAUCUCUGUGGAGAUGAAGUGACGCAAAUCCUGAGCCCAGGGACACACAGGCCCCUGCUGCCGUUCUCUUCCACGCCGUGUUUUGGGCACACACACGGAGCAACGGGGGCAGAUCAGGCUGGAAAGGUGCCUGUGCUGAAGGUGCAGUUCCACAACAGUGUGGAGUUGCAGAUCUUGCUGAGCACCCUGGAACCCCUGGAAUUUGGAAGAGCCAAGCUGAGGAUGAAGCCAGCUGUGAGGGAUUCCAUGGCAAGCAUCCACGGAGGUCAAAGGAGCUUGGAAUGCUGGAAGUUUUCAAGAAUAGCUUCCUAAAGCUCAGCAGUGCUCCAUCCCUGCACAGGAUGAGGAAGAGGACAGAACCAGCGACCAUUUGGGCUUAACAGUGGGAUUUGGGUGUGCCUAAGAGCAAAUGAAGCUGCAGCGCAGCGCCCGGGACUCGGACGCGCAACCGUGCCAGUGCCCGGAGCGCUGUCAGGCAGUGCUGGGAUCCCGGGUGUGGUUCUGGUCCCCAUAGGUGAGGAAUGGCAGCCCCAGGCUCAGAGCCAGUCAGAAAGCCAACCAAGUGAGCCCACAGGGAGGGCACCCUUCCCGUUUCUCUUGGGCAUGGCCGCAAAACAGCCCCUGCUGCUUCUUCCUCCGCCUGUGUUUGGGGUGUGCUGCUGGCAGAGGCAGCCAGGUUGUGCUCUGCCUUCCAAAGCCUGUUGGGAGCGGGCAUGAAAAGCGCUGUGUGCACAGCGGAGAGUCCUGGAAGGUGCUGGCAGGAGCGUCCUGCGGGAACAGGGCUCUGGUCUGUGGCCGGGAACAGCCUGGUUUUGGUGCCGUGAGCGCAGGCAGGAGUUGAGGCAGGUGAAGAGGCAGCGGGCAGCUUGUGUUGGUAGAGGGUCGGGGGCUGCACCUCUGAACCUCCACCUGGAUACGCACUUGGGGGAAUACGAGCCAGAGCUGGAGCGCCUGUCCUGAAAGGACCUGAACUCCUUCAGCCUUGCCAGCGUUUCUUAAGGCUGUGUUGGUGUUCCCCAGAAAAGCUGCACAUUUAGGGAAACGCCUUUGGAGGAAAGGGGCUUGCUUCUCAAGGAAAGUGCUUCCCCAGGGAGCUCUUAGUGAGGCAGGUGCAAGUGUCCCCCUUUGGCUCUCUGUGCUCCUUUCAGUCCUUGAGGCCCGCUGGACUUGGCAGAGGGGCAGGGGAAGGGAGAAGGCUGUGAAGAGCAGGUUUGGCAUCCACCUGGACCUGCGGAGAACAACCCAAGCACCUGCAGCAGGGUGUGUUACCCCCCAUUGGACAGAGGUGUGAGCAGAACCAUCUCUGUCCUGCUGUGAGGCCCAAAGCUCUCUCUGGGGGCUGUGAAUUAAAGGCCUUUACACACACCCUUUUCACAUCUUCCCUGUGUGCUGCAUUUCAACUCUUGGCAAUAUGCAUUUGCCUCCUGCUUGGUGGGAGCUGCUGUGGCCCAG